AUGCAAUGUCAUCUCUCCAUCUUUUCCCAUAGCGAGUCAGAUGGCAACCCCAGCACAGAGGAUGAAUCCAGUAAGGGGCAGGAGGAUUUAUCUCCCCAUCCACUCUCCAGCUCAUCCGAUGGCGUUACCAGCCUCAGCCUUCCUGGCCACAUGGAGCCUGUCUACAUGCAGCAGCUUGGAAACACUAAAAUAGCCUUGAGCUCAUCUGGUGUCUUGUUGAAUGGAAACCUCGUGCCUGCCAGUACCUCUCCUGUCUUCCUCAAUGGUAGCUCUUUUCUUCAGGGACCCAAUGGUGUCAUUCUCAAUGGACUCAGCGUGGGCACGUCACAGACAGUCACCUUAAAUUCGCCCAAAACCGCAUCGAGCAUUGUGAGCAACGGAGUGUCCAUCACUGACAUACUGUCAUCUUCGUCAGAAGAUGUCAAGGACUUCAAACUCCUUCAAGCUUCGGUCCCCAGCGCCACGGCAGCCACCUUCAGCCCUAGCAACAUCCCAGUCUCUUUCCCGGGAUUGAUACCGAGCUCAGAGGUGAAAAGGGAAGACGUACAAACUGCUGCUUCCCAAGACGGAGGCUCUGUAGUUACUUUUACUGCUCCUGUCCAAAUAAACCAGUAUGGCAUUGUCCAGAUCCCCAAUUCAGGAACAAAUGGCCAGCUGCUGAACGGAAGCAUUGGUUUUUCUUCUCUGCAGCUGCCUCCUGUUUCUGUGGCAGCUUCACAAGGUAAUGUUUCAGUAAAUCCCAGCACAUCUGAUGGAGGAACUUUCACGACUGAAUCUUCAACAGUGCAGCAAGGAAAGGUUUUCUUCAGCCCCCUCGCUCCGAGUGCAGUCGUUUAUACCGUUCCCAACUCGGGCCAGGCAGUAGGCUCUGUCAAGCAAGAAGGACUGGAAAGAAGCCUGGUGUUCUCUCAGUUGAUGCCAGUCAGUCAGAACACACAACUAAAUGUAAACAUGUCCUCAGAAAAUAUAUCCAGUGGAGGACUCCAGUCCUUGGCCUCCUCCUUAGUGAAUGUAACGCCCUCACAUAAUUUUUCCCUCACACCACCGAGUCUUUUAAAUGCUGCAGAACUGAACUCUGGUAUCUCAGAGAGCCAGUCCAUGUCAUCACCUGUGACCAGUACCUCUACGGUGAUAUCUAUCAGCAACACUAACUAUGCAACCCUUCAGAACUGUUCCCUCAUCACCAGUCAGGAUCUGUUGUCCAUUUCCACCGCACAGCCUGCGCUUGGAGAGAUAGUGUCUACAAGUGGAGACCGUGUCAGCAACCCCUCUGCACAAAUGCAUCAGGAUUUCGUCAGAGAGCACAGGUUAGUUCUGCAAGCAGUACCUGAUGUCAAAGAGAAUUUCUUACCCAACUCUGAGGGCAAGUCAGCUGGCAAUUUAAUGAUGAUGGAUUCCAAAUCCAAGUAUGUCAUGAGUAACAUGGUUGACACGGUUUGUGAGGAACUGGAAACGGACAAAAAAGAACUUGCCAAACUGCAGACAGUUCAGAUGGAUGAAGAUAUGCAAGACUUGUAA